AUGGCGGAGGAAAUCCGCCCUCCGAAUCCGAGGCAUAACUCAGAUUGUUCUGAAGUGGACCACGAAGAGCUCUUCGAAAUCAGCCGUGUGCGGAACAUGUAUGUUCUGCGUAACACGAAGACGAAUGAGGUGCAUGCUAGUCCAGAGAGACUGAAACUGCAUUUUCGGAAUGGGCGUGCAUUCAUGAGCAAGGAGGAUGGCAGCACGUUGUGGUGCAAGCAGCUGAUGUCAUGGUCAGUCUGGAAAAUAGCUGGCCGUGAGUUCGUCUGCAAAGAACAUGACAACGAUGAGGUGGAACGAGUGUGGCUCUGCGAUUUCCAGAAACGGAAACAAGUGCUGUAUAUCAACGAGGUUCUGCCAGCUUGGAAGGAAGCUUCUCGGAUGCAGGCCGUGGCCCUCCAGUACAUUGUGCCAGGAGCCACAGGGCAGCAGGUUUUUUGGGCACUGGAGCCGUGGAUCCCUCCCACCAACGCGAAGCCGCGUGAUGCUGUGAAGUUCAUCCAGAAAAAAAUGAAGUCCUCCUGGGCCCCUCUGUUUACACGCCAUUGCUGCAGACUCGAUGGGCAAAUCAUCUGGCCGGAACAUUCGCACAAUCAAGGCCCUGAUCGAAUGCACGUGCUCUUUUGCAGCAGCGUGUUUCUCUUGAUUUUUUUGCUGAAUCAAUGCAUGAAAGGGGAUGCCCAAGAUAGAGCACGCCACAUUCUGAAAGCGUUCUUGAAAGAAUUUGUUGGAGGGCGAUUCAACCUGUUGGUGGAUGCUGCUGUGGCGGAUGCUGACAAAGUUUCUUUGAUUCGAAGUGGUGUCAAAGUUGCCGUGGUGGAUGGACGUGUGGACUUCAGCGUGCUGGAUGAUGACGAGGCCACCACGGCAAGACUGGCUGAAGAGACGGACAACAGGCGCAAGCAAAGGCUGCCAGCCAAGCUCCGGGAAGAGCUGCCCCUUGUGGAUGCCUUGCUUGAACUCCACAGAGUACAGCAUUUGCAUUGGUUGGAACACCAGGUUUGUCAGUCACUCUGCAAUCGGAUCCACUUGGAGAUGUGCGUUCGAGGGUUCCCAACAGAACCCGCGGAGUUGGAUUUCACAGACAGACGAGCCAAAGAUCCCGUGGCGCGUGCAAGUUGCUUGAAAAAAGCUUGGGCUGCUAAGCAAGCCAGGGCAAAGAAGAAGAAGAUGAACCAGCAGCCCACUGAGAGUGAGCCGGUCGACUCAGUCAAUGUUCAGCGACGUCGUACACGUGAUCUGCGUAUGGCAUCAGUGGCGGCAAAGUUGUGGCUCAGUUCGAAAGACAAACGGAAGGAGCGGAGUCAGUACUUGCUGUCCAGCAGGGCACACUUCAAGGGCUCGAGGCGGGUCGCAGUGGCACUGGACGCGACACGUGCCGGAGGCCGCAAGCGCAGUCAUUAUGCUGCCAUGUGUCUCGACACAGGCGUCGCAUGUUGGUGCCCUCCACAGGUGCAUCAGGACUCAGAGCAUCGCCUCCCUGGGGAAGAAGCUGUCGCCGGCGAGUCCCAUCUGCUUGACAAGGCUGCAGUCGCCUUCAUCAGAGCACAGGGGCAGCGGGACAAGGAGCUUCAGAAGUCCAACCCACUUGUGAAAAACACGUACAACCGGCUGCCAUCGUAUGGCACUCUUCUGUCCCUGGACCAUGCACUGCAUGCAGUUUUGGGUGAUGGGUUAAAGCUCUUCCUGCCAGAUGCUGACCAAGACAAGGAGCGCUCGUUGCUGGAGUUGCCGUCCCUUGUUGUACAGGCGGAUCAGGGCCCCGACGUGGUGGCGCCAAUGUGGUUCAGUUUACACCACUUGCAGUUACGGCUGGUGUAUAUUCCGGACAUCCGGCACCAAUUGGUGCGGGUCAUGGCGAACAGCUGCAAAGCUGCAAAGCUGCAGGCGCAAGUGGCCUUGUCGGACAUCCUUUUAACUGUGAUGCAAGGACCGUGGACAGACCACAAGUGGUUUCAGGUCAUCCGCGAAGAAACAGAAAGUUACUUGAAGGCGGCUGCGCUCGACGGGCAUCCGUGCAACGCGCUGUUGCGCAAGCUGCUGCCGUCUAUAGUGCGCGAACAGCGGCUGGAGCGAUGGGACGUCGACGCAGAGCUGGUGCACCAGGCGCUGAGUGGCGCCUGUUUUCUGCAGAAAAAGGGCAUCAACAACAGCUCCCGCUGGGAUGCUUUCCACUCGGGCUUCAGAGAGAGAAAAGCAGAGUGGUCGCUGCUUCUCCUCGUUUUGCUCACGUAUGGCCUGAAGCUUGGAUACGUGACAAAUGAGACGCUCAACGACCUGACCCCCCUCGUGGGUGCAGGCAAGAGCGCGGCAGCUGCAGAGGAUGAUCAGCCGCUGCUCCGAACUGCGAAGGCUGAGAAGGCAGCCCUGUACACGAGGUGCCGCAACAAGUUGCAUGUUGCAACAGUGUGCCUCGCAAAUGGGCCGCUCAUGCAGGAUCUGCACCUGUGGUUUUGGGCAUCUUCGCCGGUGAGAGGGGAGUUGAACCGUUGCCGACGAGAUCUCAAGGGCCGGGCAGACACCUGCAGACAUUUGCAAGACUUGGCAAUCGGAGAAGGCCUCGUCCUCGUGAGUGAGCUUGCAGGUAUCUGUCACAACCAAGAGGCACUACAUGACGUGGGCAUCUUGCAGCAAGAUGAAGUGGUUGGCAUUGUUCGCUUUGCCCGUGAUGGUUUGGACAGCCUGGAAGUCCGAGUCCAGGACGAAAUCAUGGAAAAAUUGGUCUGGACGACGCUGGGCCUCAUGCACCACAUGAUGUUCGACCUGUGUCAUCACAUGUUCGGGUGGCCUUUGAGGUUUGCUGCUCUUCUAGACGAAAAUCAUAAAGCCACAUGCCUUCAAGAGAUGAAGGAAACUUGGGAGGCUUGGGAAGCUGCUCAGGUGAUGCCGGGACAGUCCUGGAAAGCCCUGUGCAAACGAAAUCCGCUCCGAACGACCUUCUGCAAGGAUGUCUUUGUGAGAGUCCAGCGCGAUGGCUGGACAGAGGCGUUUUCAGUGCUGCGGCAACUUGAAGAGAAGGACAACAAGAGGCACAGAAUGAGCAAUUCGGAUGUGUGGGCUUCGGCUUCUGAAGGCCGCGUACUGGCUCGGUUUGGAUACAGAGAGGUGGAGUCUGAUCCAACUGUGCUGGCACCUGAUUUGCCUGAGGGUCUGUUCCACACCCGAAGCAAGUCAGCCAGCGUUCCGAAAAUUCGGGAAAUCACUGGUCGGGCCACCUGGCCCUCGAUGAAGCCAUUAGAUGCUGCACGCAUACCAGCAGAAGUUCAGUCAAUGCAAAUGAUGCACAAAAAGAAAAGAAUGCAAGAUGUGAGUAUGACAUGGAGAACCAGUUUUCUCACACGCGGGAUGAUCGUCCGACAUGUCAGCAAGAAGAAGGAGUACAAGCUUUGCACAGGCGUGUGGCCCCAUGGAGCAAGCACGUGCCUCUUGCCGAUGGAGCGGUACGAGCUCAAGAAAGGGAUUUAUGGUUUCAGACUCCAAGCCCCACUGAGUCGCGACAAGCUUUCCUGGGCACAAGUCUACAAUUUUGCUGACUACGAGGUCAUCAGGGCUAGAGUGGUGAGCCCCUUGCACUUCGGGCAUGCUACGUCCAGAGGCCUGCUGAACGUUCCGAUCGGGGAAGGGCCGUGGAUCGAGGAGGACAAAGCUGGCGUUCCUGUGCUGGAGCAUUGUGCGAGGAAUGGAUUCUUCGACAUACCCGCAAAGUUCUUGGAAAUUCUGCUU